AGAGGUCAAAGAGCUUCCAGAUGCGUUUCCUAAAUGGGAGAGGAAGAGUUUACUCCCUGCCUCUUUGUCCAUAGAAACCCAAGUGGCAAAAUUAAGUUGUCAGCCAAGAGAAAGUGAGUCUUUGGAGGAGAAAAAGAGCAAAGAGAUGGAAGAGCAUGUGGCUGGAGCUGCAUUAUUGCCUAACAAUCAAUCUCAAGAAACAUCUGCACACACAUCUUACCUCUCUGUGUCCUCAGAUAAAGUGGACUCUGCACAGGUGGGGUUGAAGCAUGAACCACUAGAUGAAGCUUGUGGUGGUCCUUCAAAACCAGUCAGUAUGGAUACGAGCAGGAUUCUAUCCCAUCAAACAGCUGUGAAUGUUACAGGCAAGACAACAAGGUCUGCUUCAGAUCCAGUAACCCGCAAGCCUAAGGAAGAGAGACCCCUCUCAGCUCCAAGUAUUUCAAACCUACGGGAAUAUGAAAAGUAUGACGAUUUUGCAAAUGCAAUGCCAGCCAAAAGCUUCAGCAAAGCUGCUAAGAUUUUGGGACAGGAGUAUUCAGGCAUGAGCAUCGGAAAUGUGGAACAUGACAACUCGCUCACCAAAACGCAAAAGAAAGGUGUGAAAAACAAAAUGAAGAAUCUUACUCAAAAACUGAUGGAAAAGCUUAAAGAUAAACAUGAUUGUGUGAACACUGGCAGCAAGAGCACACAAGACAGCCUGGAAGAAGAAGAAGCACAAAACCUGAAUUCCAUGGAGGUGGAAGCCGAGGCUCAAGAGAUUCCACCACCACUUCCACCAAAAAUGGGCAAAUAUGUUUUCUUAGACAGAAGAUUUACCCUAAAAGACUUCAAACUCAAUCUUGAACCGAUCAACUUAAUGGAAGAAAUAUUCACAGGCAGCGAAUGGCUCAGUUACUUACCCAUCAAAGAAAGUCCAGCUGAGAAAGACACUAGUGAUCAGUCAAUGACAAAUGAUGUUCUCCAACCAGAAAAGGACAUUCAGCUCGAAGUUCCUCUUCCAACAUCAGACCAGAACCAGUCUGAGGACAUAAAGAAACCAGAGGAGCACCAGUCAGAGGACAUAAAGAAACCAGAGGAGCACCAGUCAGAGGCCAUAAAGACACCAGAGGAGGACCAGUCAGAGGACAUAAAGAAACCAGAGGAGCACGAGUCAGAGGCCAUAAAGAAACCAGAGGAGCACCAGUCAGAGGACAUAAAGAAACCAGAGCAGGACCAGUCAGAGGACAUAAAGACACCAGAGCAGGACCAGUCAGAGGACAUAAAGACACCAGAGCAGGACCAGUCAGAGGACAUAAAGACACCAGAGGAGGACCAGUCAGAGGACAUAAAGGACAAUCAAGACAGUGCUAGUGAUCCUCAAGAGGACAAUGUAGCAAAAGUGAACAGUGGCUUGGAUAGCUUGUGA